AUGGGCAACUUGCCGCGGCCGCGAGUGACCCCCGCGCGGCCAUUUCUCCACACCGGCGUGGAUUACGCCGGUCCUCUUCAACUAAGGACGACCAAAGGGCGCGGCCACCGCGCUUACAAGGCGUUUCUCGCGGUCUUCGUCUGCUUGAGCUCGAAGGCUGUGCACCUCGUGCAAGUCGUCUCCGACUACACGGCGGAGGCGUUCCUGGCGACGUUGCGGCGAUUCACAGCACGCCGCGGGCUUUGCCGCAGCCUCCACAGCGACUGCGGUACCAACUUCGUCGGGGCCGACGCUCAGCUUCGGGCUUUUUUCACCGCCAGCAACCCAGAGCAGCGGCGGAUCGCUGACCAGUUAGCCGGCGACCGGAUUCAGUGGUGUUUCAACCCGCCAUCGACACCUCAUUUCGGCGAGUUAUGGGAAGCCGCCGUGAAGUCACUCAAACAUCAUCUCCGUCGAGUGUUGGGCGAUGCGACAUUGCUUGCAUUCGAAGAGAUGAUCACUCUUCUUGCACAGAUAGAGGCAUGCAUGAAUUCGAGACCUCUUUAG